CGGAUACGUUAGAAUCCAACUUUAACUAUUAACGCCAACUUGAAUACAAUUCAAGCUGGCUAUCCCCAUCAUUCCCAAGGUUGACCAGCUCGAGCGCCGUAGCCCAAACGUUUACGAUGAUAUCGUGUGCAGUGUGCACUCGCUGACCUUUAUCAUCAUAUUCCAAAGGCUAGGGUAGGUCGGUGGCUGAGGCGCUGACUGAGCCUAGACUCCAAGGCACUUGGCGGCACCGCCAACUAUAAAGGAGGCGAUACCAGGUUCUUUGUUCUUCACAUUCAUCCACCAUCAUGUACGGAUCGUAUGAACCACCAGGAAUGUUCCCGGUCAGCGCCAGUGACACUCAACCCUUCAAGCAGGAGACAAACCGUGACAAAGGGAAAGGAGUCGAUCGAUCAGUCGAUCUCGGCGAUAAAAGUUUGAAUCGUUUUGCCCAGGGCUCUCAUUCCCGUGCAUCUGCCCCAUCGAUCACCAUAGACGAGAUGGACGAUGACUCGGAUGAUGAGCCCUUGGCAUCACAAGUACUCUCAGCGUUGAAAGGUGAAGGUGAUCAAUCAGGUUCGACAGACGCUACCAUGAUGUCUGAGGAUUCGGAUAAUGACGACAUCUAUCAAUCUGUAAGAUCCGAUGUUGUAGAGGACUUCAUGGACGUGGAAGAUUCCUCUCCGCAUAGUGAUGCUCGCGACCUUGCUCAGUCGAUUGAUGGGAUGUAUAGGGUUCUAGAUUUGAUCAGUGAGCGAGGGAGUGGUGGGCUAGUGGACAAGGUUAUUAUAGCGCAAGAUUCACUUCGUGCAUUUAUCAACAGUGUUUGUCCGGGCACAUACGUGUCCAUGACGAAAGUAAACUUCACCGCGCUAGACCGCUUCAUCGUGAAGCCCGUUGGCGUGUACGGGAGUAAGGGUGAAAUUGUGCGACUCCUGUCAUCUCUGGGUGUCGUCGACGAACAAAUCGCCAAACAGCUGAUUGCGAACCAACGUGAUUCAAGUGUUUCAAUGCCGAGUCUUCGUUCUGGACUGUACAUUGUUCGUACAGCCUGCGAGGCUACACCUGACCAACAGCUUUUCCUCAUCUACUGGCCAGAGGAUUCGACAUGGGAUGACUCAGCUCCUUCGUCUGUGAGACGCAACCGCGUGACCUUCAUGAGAUAUCUCAUGAAAAUGUGCGAUCAGGUCAUAGCGCUCAUUUCCUCGGAGCAUGCUCAAUCGAUUGUAUGGAAUGACCAAGAAAGCGAAGACGCCGUCAUGGACCCCGACGGAGACCAUGAUGAGUCCAGUAGGCUGUUCACGUUUGAAGUCUCCAAAACAAAUGAGCAGGAGGAGGCCGUAAAGUCGCGCCAAGGAUUCAACGCCACCUCCAAGCAUAUAACCAUGCCCCAGCCUCACCAAGAUACAACAGUGGACGUCGAACAGCCGAAGCCUGAAUUGAUGCAUGGUGAGACGACCCAAGGGUUCAUGACCGUUGCAUUUCAACCCGGCAGGCUCAAUGCGGAGCCAAUGGGAAACCAAUCCAUAACUCGCGUCCAAUUGGGCAGUUACCUGAAGAGCGAUGCUUUACUGAUCUGCGAGGGUCUGAAUGCCGAUGCACUAAAACUUCUGAUCGAUAAUGGCAUCCGGGAUCGUUUCCGACAACAGUGUGAACAAUUUAGGCAGCGAUCCACAGCUAUCUCGUCGAAUAUUAAAUCUAGCAAGGAGUCAGAGGAAAGAAGAAUGAGAGGGGACUUGAAGAGGGGGGAGCCUUUUCUAGUUAAGGUUUUUCACCAGGCUUUGGUCGAUGCUAUCAUCGAGAAAUUUCCUACCUUCACUCACGAAUCUUUCCCGUGUUCUGCGCAGUGUGGGCAGGAUGGCCCCACGGCUUUAGAUUCGGUCAUGGCUGGCGUUGCUGGUACCGUCUCUUCUACCUCCGCUAUCGAUCCCUCUCUGCAUUCCACUAGAAAUGAACCGGAAAGUAAUUCAGGCCGAAAUGAGCUUGAUACUCUCAUUGCAUUAUACCCAGACAUUGGGGAAGAGUUUCGUCGUAAAGCGCAUUCAGAGAAAAUCAGCUCUCGACACUUCAAAGACAGCAAAGAACGCAUCUGCAUUGCCUGGAAUGUCCUUCGCGACUAUCCUGAUAUGCCGAAGGAAACCCGUGACAGGUCCAUCGAUAUCAUUCUCCACGAGGAUAUGUCACACGUUAGGGCAACCGUCAAGUUUAUUAACAAAGGGAACCCUCCGCACGAGAAGCCCAAGGGAUUUGUAAACGCUUUGUGGGGUAAAGUCAGCACCACCGUCGUGUCUGACCUGGAUACGCAUAUCUUCGGUAAAACGUUGAAAGAAGCAGACACCAAUUCCAUUAGCGACGCUCAGUUCCUCGUGGAGUUGGAGGAUGUCAAACCAUCCCACAUCAUGGCAAAAAUUGCAGCCGAAACUAAAACAGACGUUCUGGAGUACUUUAGGUCACACGUGACGAAGCAGACUCGAGCUUUGGUGCAUUUUGCACUGCACAUACAAACCGAUCAAUGUCUACUUCAGGUUCAGAGAGAAGCUGCUAGUCGUGAAGAGGAACAACUUAUCGAGUUACGGAGGGAGUUUAUCCAUGAAAUCAACGACCUUUCGCAAACAGGGCAGCAUUCGCACACUUUUGUCAUCAAUUCCGCCGAGGAGACACGAAAGAAUUACCAGCUAACAGCACAGAUAUACGUCAAUGGCAGAAGGGAAUAUUUCCAGGAUCCUGUAUUUGAAUUCUCUGUCCACCUCAUGCAGUUAAUGGAACAUGAUCAACAUUCCUUGAAAAUGGAUCCUACCAUGAUUCCCUCACCGAAGUUUACCGGCAGGCAGGCGUACUCGUUCAACUUGCCUCUUGGGCAUUCGGUGGCGAGAGCACAACUUCUUUCAGGCGAUAAGAUCUUGCUCGCAACGACUGAUCGUUCUGGGAACCUGAUGGUGUAUCUAGAAAGCCUCACCGCUCUCGAAGGCGCCUUGAAGCAGGGUCGCGGGAAAAGGCUGAAUCGCGAUAAAAUCGGCGAUUUUAUUCUAGCAUUUGACGAGUCAAAACGAGUGCUCAGUGUUGUCGCCAGAGAGAAGCUUUUGUUGCACAUCUUUGUUCACGACAACACCCGUAGUUUCCAAGGUUCUGGCAGCGCGAUUAACUUGACUCAGUGGUACAUCGAAGGAGUCACCAUCAUUCAUGCAUGCUUCAUAUGUGGUAGCGAAGAGCUACUGCUUGUCGAUUCAUUGGCACAAGCCAGAAUAUACUCUCUGACAACGAUGCAGUUCAGACCUGCCACCCUUAAUCUGAUUCAGAUCCCUAAGGCAGUUUACUCGACUCCAGAUGGUUCUUGCUUAAUUGCUACUCACGCCCGUGGCUCUGACUUGAUGUUGACCGCCUAUCAUUGGAGUACCUUCGGCUCAACAGAUGGCGUUCCGCUCGAGAUUCCGGACCUUCCCUCGGAUCAGCCGCUGCUUUUGACUUCUUUGAUCAAGAGGAGCAUAGUCCAUCUGGUUGCGCUUGACAUCGACUCGAAUUCUUGCCGAUCAUUCGCUCUCGACAUCACUCGUAAGGUAACGGAGUUUACCUUCAAAGAGAAGGGCGUCCGAGGAGGGGGAACUCAAUCGGAGAACGUCACUGCCCACAAUUGUCUCAUUGAUUGUCACGCCGAAGUGUGGACACGUUUCCCGGUUCUCUCCGCCGUUCAGCGAGAGACGAUCACAUCAUCCAGUAACAGAUGCCCGCGAACAUUGGUGUUUAUUACCGAUCGGGACCAUCCUAUGUUCUCGCCGCACUUCCACGACCUUAUUUUCAACUUUGAAAGGACGUCAAAGAAGCCGACGGGAACUAUUCUGAAAUCAAUGGUUGUCUCUGCAACUACAUACGGUGCCCUGUCCAAGACUCUCUUCGAAGGCGAGAAGUGGAGCGUGUCGGAGUUCAGAGCUGGGGAAUGGCUGGUGGAUAUCCUCUGCCUCAUUCCAAUCCACAUCGCAGUAACAAGGGAGAAUCGAUUCAUUCCACUAAAGGACGGUGUAUAUUCUACCGAACUCGAGAAGUCCCUCCUCGGCGCGGAUGUUAACCGCAUUGUCGAUCACCUGUCUUUUGGUUGGUAUGAAUCUUUGUUCCAGUCAUACAUGGCCAAAAAGCCGGUCAAAGUUGUGUCAUCCAUGGGUGAACAAUCGGUGGGAAAAAGUUUUGCUUUGAACCAUCUCGUGGACACAUCAUUCGCUGGAUCAGCCAUGCGUACGACAGAAGGGGUCUGGAUGUCGGUGACUCCGACUAAAGAUGCUCUUGUUGUUGCUUUGGAUUUUGAAGGUGUUCAUAGUAUUGAGCGUUCCGCUCAAGAAGAUACAUUACUCGUCCUGUUCAAUACUGCAAUCUCUAACUUGGUGCUAUUCCGGAACAACUUCGCCUUGAGCCGGGAUAUCACAGGCUUAUUCCAGUCAUUUCAGUCAAGCUCGACCGUCCUAGAUCCAGCGUCUAACCCGAGUCUAUUUCAAUCUACGUUGGUGAUCAUCAUCAAGGAUGUCGUGGAGUCGGACAAAGCAGAAAUUACUCGGGAGUUCGCCCUCAAGUUUCAGCAAAUAGUCCAGGACGAACAAGAGGCCAACUUCAUUUCUCGCCUUCAUGCCGGGCAGUUGAAUAUCAUACCUUGGCCGGUGAUUGAGUCGCAGGAAUUUUACAAGCUGUUCCCAACCCUCAAGCGUCGAUUGGACAAACAAAAAUUGACGCAUAAUACAGCAGGGGAGUUCCUUCAUGUGAUGAAGACCUUGAUGGCUAAGCUGAAGGCAAACGAUUGGGGCGCUAUGUCACAAUCGAUGGCCUCGCAUCGAGCACAACUUCUUUCAGCCAUGUUGCCCAAUGCUCUGGCAUUUGGACUUCAGGAGGUUAAUCCUGACCCGGAACCUUUGAAGAACCUCGAUGACGACAUCCCGAUUGGGACGCCAGAUUCUUCGUCUGAAUUUUCAUUGGCAGGGGGGUCGCAAUCUUCUUCUCGCGAGGCUGCUCUGCAAGUCUUGUCUCAUGCAUGGGGAGACUAUGAUUCUCGUCAUCACAUGCCGGAGGAUCUUUGGAUUGAGAAUUUGACCGCUCACAUCGACAGCCUGGUCAAUUCGCGCAUCGCCCACGUUCGCGCGUGGAUAUCGUCGAACGUCGCUCGCUUCCAAAGCGGGCAAGCAAGCAUUGACGAGCUCAUGAGAUCGUUUGAAAGCACAACAGUAGACUUGAAGAGCAACUUGCAGUUGUGCAAGCUGAAAUGUGGAAGUUGCGAGCUGCUCUGUAUUCAGAGCAGACUGCACGACGGACAGCAUAAUUGCCAGACUUCACAUGCUUGCAUACGUUCUUGCGAUUUCUGCGCGACAUCCGGAGAGACUAAGGCUUGCUCGAUGUUGGCAGGACACCCAGGAAAUCAUAUAUGUGUUGUUAAUGCGCAUCUCUGCGGUCAAGUUUGCAAACUCUUUGGGAGACAGGGAUGUCUGGAUGAGUGUACGAAGGUGAUUGGGCACACUGAAGACGAUCAUCUAUGUGCCGCUACUGUGCAUGCCUGCGGUCAGCCCUGCGAUCUGUCAAAGCUGAGGUUGGGUGACGGAUCUACUCCACCUUGCCGUGGUACUUGUGGCAUUCCAAGUGACAUGGACCAUGACCAGCACCAGUGUGAUGCUCGGCUUUGCUCUUUCCCCUGCCAACUUUGCAAGAGACUUUGUGCCAAUACAGAACAUCUUCACGGCUUGGAAGACGACGCUAUUCAUCUCUGCGGGGAGGAGCAUUCGUGUUCCAUGCAGUGCACUGCCGAAGGCAUCUGCGAAAUUGAGACUGCGCCCCAAUCAAUCGAGGCGACGUUCACUGGAAGGCACGAGACGUUCCAGUACACGAAGUACUCGCAAGUGGCCAAGCGACUGAGAUGUGUGAAGCCGGUACCACCUGGCCUGGUGGCUCAUAAAGGUCCUCACAAUCACAGUUUGGACAAAAAAGUGGUGCAUUUCUGCAGAGCGAAGUGUGAUCACUGUGGCUACUUUUGUACAUUGCCGCUUGGUCACCCGCAACAAGAGCAUGAAACUAGACAUGGUUCGAUGUCUUCUUCACGAUGGGCAGUUGAUGGCCCAGAUGAUACGGGUCUCGAGGUCGAAGGCCGUCGCUUCUCUUCAAAUGAUGAGGGUGCGCCGAUGAUGUGCAACCUUGUCUGUCAGGCAUUGGGCCGCCACGUCCACAUCGACUACUGUCGCGCCGUGGAUGCCGCCGCUUGCAGAGGGAGCAACGAGGCUCAGCAUAUCUCUAAGCGAUUAUUGCCUAACCCGGAACGUGCUAAGGACUUCAUGACGCACAAUCUCUUCUGGCGGCGGGCCGGCUUCAAAGACCCUUAUUCUCGGGAGGAGCAAGCAAAUUUCGCCAAGUGUGACUCAAUGUGUAGUGGCCCCGAGCACACUGCUGCAACUGGAAAUACUGCUCAGCCAUCCUAUUGCACUUUGCCUUUGUUUCACCCGCCGAUGGAUCCUAACAAUGCCCAAGUCGGUUUAGGAUACGUUUCUAAUGAUGGACAUGUUUUCUCAUGCAGGAACCCCGUGAUUAUGCAACAAGCAUUCCAUGUAAUCUUUGUGGCUGACAGAUCUGGCUCCAUGUCCUCUGGUGACAGACAUCCCCUUCCGAACACGCCUGCCUCAGACAGAAUUGUGCGACGCUCUAACAACCGGUUUGGUGCUGUGCUGUCUUCGCUAUAUAGCUUCUGGUCUGCCCGUGCUGCAGCAGUUGGUGGUCAACAAGCAGCCCGGCGCGACUCAUACAGCGUUAUUCUUUUUGGUUCUUCCGUUACGAAUGCCUUCGUAAACGACUUCGUCAGUUCUCCAGACCAAUUGCUAGACGCCGUUUUGCAGUAUAGCUGCAACGGAGGCACGAACUUCACUGCAGCAGUUCAGCAGGCUCAAUUAGUCAUGGAACAGCAUUGGAGCACAGAGAGGUCCGUCGAUCUUUCCAUAAACGCGUCUAAGAUCUCCAACAUUACUCUCAGGACCCCUGUAAUCAUAUUUUUGUCGGAUGGCGAGUGUAGUAUUGCCGAUCAGACUGUUCAAGAUCUGUGCCGCUCCGCGGUUCGUCUUGGCAAAGCAUUGUCUUUCCACGCAGUAUCAUUUGGUCCAGAUAGAUCCUCUACCACCUUGCGAAGAAUGACUCAAAUUGCAAUUGACAUACAGAACAACGCCCCAAGAGAUCCUUUGGCCCCACCAGCAGCAACAGUUGCGUCUUCAUAUACGCAGGCCUUGGAUACGGUACAACUCGCCGAAACGUUCCUAGGAUUUGCAGAAUCGCUCAGGAAGCCGAGGGGGUCUCUCAUACAUUGAUUGAAGGAUGCGUCGAGAUGACAGAGAAAAGAACGACGUUUAGCGGUGACAGCAGUACCGGUGUAAUGUUAUAUUGUAGUGAUGCUAUGAAAGUCGAGCCUGUAUGCAGUAUCUGAUACGAUUUACUCCCCAAGUUCUGGGAAAGCAAAGCAAAGAAAUAAAUGAACUCAGAAGCGUACCACAAGCG